AUCUUGUUCGUGCAUGAUUUGAGUCACAAGAUGGCAUACUGUGAGGUAAAGCAAAACAGUAUUAUAUUUAAUCUUAAAUUACGUGCAUUGGGAAGUAAUACAAACAACAUUUUCGUUGUAUUUUCAGGAUACUUGUGUUGCUUUACAAGCUUUAGCUAUCUUUGCUGGAAAAGCUUACGGAUCCAAUGCUGACUUUAGAUCAACUUUGUUAUCAGGAUCAUUGAAGAUGGGCAACUAUUAUAAACAUGACUUUAGUAUUACACAGGAAAACAAACUAACAUUACAAAUGAUUGAGUUACCAGCAAAAAUAGUUCCUGGAAAACUGAACAUAUCAAGUCAAGGCAAAGGUUGCGCUUUAACACAGGUUUCAUUGAAGUAUAAUGUACCAGAACCUGAAGAUGUUCCAGCAUUUGAAAUCAAAGUUAAUGUUCGUACUCGACGAUCUUUACCAGAAGAAGCAAACUCAGCUUGUUAUCCACUUAAACUUGAAAUCAAAGUAAAAUGGUUGAAAGAAGAUGUUUCCAAUAUGGCCAUAGUCGAUAUCAAUUUGGUGACUGGGUGCAGCGUGAUUGAAGCUUCUUUGAAGAGGCUGCAAGAUGAUAAAAAUUUGAACUUCAAACGUUAUGACAUCGAUGGACAAAAUGUUCAACUUUACUUUGACGAGAUAAAGAAUAUUACUUUCUCCAUUAAUAUACACCAAGACACUUUGGUAAAAAAACUAAAACCUGCAGUUGUUAAAGUUUAUGAUUACUAUGAACCAGAAAGCCAAGCAAAAGUUAUGUAUGAAAUAAAAGAGGCAAAUUGCUACGGCAACAGGAUCAUUGAUGAAUGUCCAAGAUGUUUAACACUGCCUGACAUACAUAAAGUAAUCAAAGCUACAAUAGCAUGCAAAAGUACUGGUAAGUACAAUUAUUUAGUAAACGUUUUAUUUCAUUGAACAAAAAUGCACUAUAUGACUGAUGUCUAUUAAUGUGAAAGUGACUAUAACAUAAUUUAUAAACUCCUCUGUAGCAUGAUAAUUUAUGACUUUAACAUGAUCUACAUUUCAGUGACACGAAUGACGUCGAGGAAUGGCCAUUUAAUGGUUAUAAAAGCAUUCUCUGAUGACACAAAGGAAAA